AUGGAUCGGCAAGGCGCAUAUGGUGGGCCAGACUCUGACGCCAAAGUACUAUCGACCUGGCACCCUGCUCAAGGACGACGGGACUCUGUCAGAUCAGCCUUCAACGACGGACAAGACGAAUGGGUCUUGGUAGAUGGGACACCUGCCAGCUGCACGCAACUCGGUCUUCAUCAUGUCUUUCGUGAUCGUGGACCUAUCGAUCUAGUUGUCAGUGGACCAAACUAUGGCCGAAACACUACGGCGUUGUUUGCGUUGUCCAGCGGUACGCUAGGUGCCGCCCUGGAAGGCGCAGUGAACGGGUACAGAAGUAUCGCCUUGUCCUUUGCAUUCGACUCGCAAGACCACGACAUUGACAUCAUCACGGAGGCGGCAAAGCUCAGCGUUCGUUUGGUCGAGAAGUUUGCCCGCGAGUGGGCUGAGGAUGUCCACGUAUACAGCAUCAAUGUACCAGUCCGGAAAGGAGUAUCCAACAACAAAAUUCUCUACACAGAGAUGAUCCAGAACAAAUGGAGCAGUGGUUCAUCAUACAGAGAAGUCCCUGCCGGCGAGUCAGACGCGGCUGCCAAUGCUGAAGAACGCAAAAUUCGCGAAAAUGAGCACACCAACGGUGACUCGAACGCAACUGCCAAGAAUAGCCCUAAGCAUCGCACAUUCAAGUGGGCACCACACUUUCAGGACGUCAAAAUUUCUGUAGAGAACGCUGGUUCUGGCGAUGGCUACGAGGUUAGCCAGGGUAAUGUCAGUGUCACACCUUUGAGAGCAAAUUUCUGGCCACUUCCUCAGUACAAAGGCGAAAUCAAGCUGAACUCUUCCGUCGACAUGAUGGAUGACAGCGUGCACCGAGCUCAACGGACGCUAUCAGCCGUCAUAGACUACCCGGACAGCUAUGUCCAACCGCUGAUUGAGUCUGCAUUGCAGCAAAUUGCCAAUCUGCAGACUGAACGAAUGACUUCUCUUUCGUUCCUGGCGACGCCAACAAGCCCUGUACUUCAGAUCAGAGCGUAUGAAGAUAUCGAUUUCGAGCACGCACUCGCGAAUCCUUCCACUUCAUUAGUCUGUGCUUAUGCGAUUCGCAAAGCACUCAUCCGAAAGCACUAUCUGUCGAAUACGGUCUCUACGUGGCUGGUCAAACAUCCAGCCAGUUUGCUUGCUUCCUCCUUCAAAGCGUGCACACAUUUCGAGCUUGACUACGCAGAAUUUCUUGACGAAGCACUCGUUGAUGCAUGGGAUCUCAACGAAAGCAUGGCUCGUAAUGCCGACAACCCGUCCGUCGAGAGCCACGAGUGGUGGAUACUGAAGCCAGGCAUGAGCGAUGGCGGUAACGGUAUUCGCUUGUUCUGCAGUCUGCAGCAGUUGCAAGAGAUCUUCGAAGGAUGGGAAGAAGACGAGCCAGAUGAAGAUGAAGAUGAAGAUGAGGCUGUAGAAAAGGCCAAUCAGCCGUUCACUUCAGAUGGUGACACAACGGAUGGUCCUGGUGGUGCAAUGACGUCUCAGCUGCGACAUUUCAUUGCCCAGCCAUACAUCCAGGAUCCUCUCAUCUUCCGAAGCUAUGGCCAACGGAAGUUCCACAUUCGCACCUAUGUUGUUGCAGUGGGCGCACUCCGGAUCUAUGUCUACAAGGAGAUGCUUGCCCUGUUUGCCUCAACACCAUACGUGCCACCAUCAGCAGACACACAAUCACUCGAGCUCGCAGGGCACCUCACGAACACGUGCUUCCAGCAUGAAUCGACGAAAGAUGAUUCGGUGCAUCGAUUCUGGGAACUGCACACCGAGCGGACUGAUAAUUGGCAAGAAAAGAUCUUUGCAGAUAUCUGCGCCAUCACUGGUGAAGUAUUCGAGGCUGCAGCACGGGAGCAGAUGGUCCACUUUCAGACACUGCCCAAUGCUUUCGAGGUCUUCGGCGUGGACUUUCUGGUCGACAGCAACCUGAAUGUCUGGCUCCUUGAGUUGAAUGCCUAUCCUGACUUCAAGCAGACUGGCAAAGACCUCCAGGAUGUUGUCAUUGGAGGCCUGUUUCGGCAGGUCCUUCAAGUAGCAGUGCAGCCAUUCUUCACUCAUUCGCAAGAAGCAACGCACCCGGGCACCGAAAGACUGCCACUCGUUCGCAGUGUCGACCUUGGCCGGCGAUGA